GUUUCGAAAACCUCCACACACUCACUCACGCUUUACACUCUCCUUCCUUCUCCUUCGAUCUUUGACUCGUCCUUAGGAAGGAGAAGCAGUAUAUACAAUGUCGCCGCCGCGGUUUUCCAUCUUCGCUUUGGCUCUUCUCUUCGGACUCUCUCUCGCCGAGGAUCCUGCCAUCUCCUACGUUUACGAACUCUCUUACCUCACUGCCUCUCCUCUCGGCGUUCCUCAGCAGGUUAUAGCAGUCAACGGAAUAUUCCCUGGCCCCGUUGUAACUGCCACAACAAACUAUAACGUCGAAGUUAACGUGUUCAAUCGUUUAGAUGAGCCUCUUCUACUCACUUGGAAUGGGAUUGAGAUGCGGCGUAACUCGUGGCAAGACGGUGUUCUCGGCACGAACUGUCCCAUCCCUCCGCAAUGGAACUUCACUUACAGCUUCCAAGUCAAAGAUCAGAUCGGUAGUUUCUUCUACUUCCCUUCCCUCAACUUCCAGAGAGCUUCCGGUGGUUUUGGUCCAAUCGUAAUCGAUAACCAGGAUCGUAUUCCUCUCCCGUUCGCUAAGCCUGAUGGCGAGAUCACCUUCGUGAUUGGUGAUUGGUAUACUCAGAACCACACCGUGUUAAGGAGUGUACUUGACUCUGGUAAAGAGCUAGAGAUGCCUGAUGGAGUCCUCAUCAAUGGGAAAGGUCCUUACAAGUACAACAGCAGUGUACCUGAUGGGAUUCGAUACGAAACUGUCAAUGUUGAUCCAGGGAAAACGUACAGGAUCCGUGUUCACAAUGUUGGCAUCUCCACAAGCUUGAACUUGAGGAUUCAGAGCCACAAGCUGCUCUUAGUCGAAACCGAGGGUCGCUACACCUCACAAACAAACUUCACUGAUUUUGAUAUCCAUGUGGGACAGUCUUACUCUUUCUUGGUCACCAUGGACCAAAACGCCUCGAGCGACUACUACAUUGUAGCGAGUGCUAGAUUCGUGGACGAAACGGUGUGGCAAAGAGUCACAGGUGUUGGCAUUCUCCGUUAUUCGAACUCCAAAGGUCCUGCUUCUGGUCCUCUUCCGGUUCCUUCAACUGAUGUUUCUCACCCUUGGACUGUAAUGAACCAACAGAGGGCCAUAAAGCAAAACACAUCUUCGAGUGGAGCUCGUCCGAAUCCUCAGGGAUCAUAUCACUACGGGCAGAUAAAUAUCACAGGCACGUACAUUUUUAGAACCAUGGCUCCGACCAUAAUCAAUGGGUCGCUUCGUGCUACGCUUAAUGGAGUUUCGUUUCUGAAUCCAAGUACGCCCAUGAGGCUUGCGGAUAAGCAUAGUGUCAAAGGAGUUUAUAAGAUGGAUUUCCCAUCUAGACCUGUUGACAGAAGACCUCCUCGUUUGGGAAGCUCUAUCAUCAACGCAACGUACAGGAGCUUUGUUCAAAUUAUAUUCCAGAACAAUGACACCAAAGUCCAGAGCUUCCAUAUUGAUGGAUACUCUUUCUACGUCGUUGCAAUGGAUUUUGGUAACUGGACUGAAGACAGAAAAGGUUCUUAUAACAACUGGGAUGCAAUAUCACGAAGCACGAUAGAGGUUUACCCAGGAGCAUGGACUGCUGUACUGAUGUCACUCGAUAAUGCUGGAGUUUGGAAUAUCCGAGUUGAGAAUCUUGACAGAUGGUAUCUUGGUCAAGAAACAUACAUCCGAAUCAUAAACCCUGAGGAGAACGGUAAAACAGAAAUGGGUCAACCCAAAAACGUUCUUUACUGUGGUGCUCUCAGGAGCUUGCAGAAGCAACAAGUCCAUAGCUCUGCAUCAUCAAUGCUAAUUGGAAAUUUGAUUCUAAUUUUCAGCUUCAUUAUGGUUCUGCUCGCCUCACCUUGCUGAGUCUCUUUCUGAUCUCCCACUGGUUAGGUCGUAUAACACGAACUGUAGGACUCUCUUAUUUCUUCUUCUUUGAUUUCAUUAAUUGGUUCUGUUCUCAGAUCUUUUGCUUCUCAUGGUUCAAAACAACUUUAGUUCGUGGGGGUUGGUUUAUGUCUCAAGCAUUGUAACUAAAUAUUUUUAUGGGUCUUCUACA